CCCUGAUUUCUUCAGCUUUCCUUUCGGAGAUGUGUUCUUUCCAGUCGUGCACUAUGAAGCAAAUGGCAGUGGAUCGCAAGACGCCAUUUCUUCCGGAAGAAAUUAUUAGAAGCAUUCUCAAACGCCUCCCUGUAAAAUCCCUAAUCCGAUUUCACUGCGUGUGCAAACAUUGGAAAGAUGUUAUCAAGACACCAUCUUUCAUCGCUGACCACCUCCAUCACUCCACUCAUCAAAGCCCUUCUCUUCUGUUCCAAGAGAAUGACAGACAUCCGUUGCAGUUACGCUUGCUCGAUUGUGAAAUGCAAGUCCGUGAAGUUCGGAACACUCCUUUGAUUGAUUCGUCGUCAUGGGUUAAGAUCAUUGGUUCCAGCAAUGGCUUGCUCUGUGUUGCAAUCAAUGAGGCUGACGUAUAUCCUGCUUCCAUUUUAUUGUGGAAUCCUGCUACUGGGGAGAUCAGACAGGUGCCUAGAACCAGAACUAUCGAUCGUUUCGAUUGGGAUUGCACGGUAGGAUUUGGGUUUAGUCCAAUUAUUAAUGAUUAUAAGAUAGUGAGAACUUAUGCUGAGUCUGGUUAUGUUAUUUCUGGAGUGGAAGUGUAUUCAUUAAGCACGGGUUCAUGGAAAGAAAUAGAACUUGGGAACUUAGAGAAUGUGAAUCUUUAUCUUCAAACAGUUUCCGCCAAUGGGGCUAUCUUUUGGAAUGGGAUAAAGCUAGGUGUGGAAGAGGGUGGUGAAGAUGAUACUGAUUUGAUAGUCUCAUUUGACAUAGCAAUGGAAGUGUUUACAUUGAUACCGAUGCCUAAUUCAUUUUCUAAACUUGGAGUAUAUGAUGACAAACUUGCUGUACUUUCUCACUCUAGGAUUGGAGACUUUCCAAACUAUCUAUGCUCUUUUAUCGAUUUGUGGGUGCUUGAGGAGGGUAUAGGUUCAUCUACUAAGAGAUGGAGUUGGACUAAGAAAUGUACUUGUGGUCCCCUCCCAUCCGCGUUAAAUCUUGGAGUCAUCUGGAGGAAUGAAAUUGCCUGUGUUGCUUUUGGAAAGCCUAGGCUUGUUAGUGAAACUAGAGAUGAAAUUGAGAAUGAUGAACCAAAAAUUGGUCUAUAUUUGUUUAGCAUCACUACUAAUGAAUUUAAGAUGAUUGCUAUCCCUGGGUGUGGCUCUGGUCGUGAUGUUUUCAAUUAUGUCGAAAGCCUUGUACCACUUGGCAACAACCACAUUGAAGAACCGUGAUUCUAAAGGUUAAUCACCAGAAUGCAGAUUUACUUUUGUUUAGUUAUUUUUGUUGGAAAAGGGAUCCAUAUUUGUUUAGAUCGUUAUGUACCUAUAAGGUUUGAUGCUCUUUAGAGAUGCUAUUUAGAAGGAUGACUGUAGAUAUUCAAUACCAGAUGCCUCUUGUUCUAUUUGACCUAUGUAUAAUAUUAUGUCGUUCACCACUGCCCUACCAUAAUCCACCUUUUUUUCCCAUGCUUUUGCAACAAGUAUUGAUUGCCUGACUUCCAUAGGUGAUCCAUAUUUGCAGUUGUGAUUUGCAAUUUACUCUUAUAUCAAACAAUGAAAAAUAUAACUCUUGUCAGAAGAUCAUGGGAUGAUUAUGAGAUUUUUCCCUUAGGCUUAUAAAACAAUUCCU